AUGAAAAAGGAGAAGGUUGCGUUCAGGAACCCAAAUGAGUUUUACUUCAAGAUGAUCAAAACAAGGACCGUAGAUGGAAUCCAUAGACCUGAGAGUGAAGCUAACAAAAACACUCAAGAGGAACUCAUGCUGAUGAAGACACAAGAUAUAGGAUACGUCCUUCAGAAAGUUCAGAGUGAGAAGAAGAAAAUUGAAAGGCUAAGUUCCAUGCUACAUUCUCUUGAUAAUCAGCUACCAAACAAGCAUGUUUAUUAUGCUGAAGACAGGUAUGACUUUGCCAACAAUUAGUAUGUAACCUUGAGAAAUAAUA